GUAAGCAUCUCCUUUUGCCACCGCGACUCUCUCCAAAGAUCUGUCUCUUCUUCGUCGACGCAGUCCGUUCUUCCCGGGGCGGCCGACCAGUUCGUUCUGGAGAAACACCUGGUCACCAACAAGCAGAAGAGGUGGCGAAAGCGACGCGAAACCCGAGACUCGCGACCUGUACAUACACCUCAGCAGUGUGCACGUUUCUGUGGAGCUUUCUUCAGAAGGCACCGACGCUUUGUUGGCUUUGCUGGUUUGAGGAGCUUCUCAGCCUUUUCAACUCCGCCAGUUUACAUGGAUCUCCACGUCGUCGGCCGUCAAUGGUGGUGCAGGAAGACUCUUGAGGAGUGACGGUACCGCACGGCCUGGCGAAAAACGUGCUUUUCCCUCGCAGGGUCGACUUCCGUUUCCACGUUUUCUUUCUUUUGGUGAACUCGUCUGCAGCUCGGCUUCUACUUUCCUCGUCUGCCCUUCUUCCCUCUUUUUGCUCUUCCGUGUCUUCGCUCUCCUCGAACAGUUUCGAAAUCCGUUUCCCCUUGCGUGUGAAGAGGCGUAUCCAUGUCUGUGACGGGGUGAGUCGCCGUCUUUCGAGAAAUGAAGACGAGUCUGCGUUCUCCGACUCCAGGGCGGCCAGCGGCUUCCUGACCGCCGCGUGACCUGCCGCCUCGCGUGUUGACACUUCCGCAGGAAACUCGACGCAACCCGCCAUCAGCAUAUGUGUAUACACGAUAUUAAUACAGACACCUACCGUACGCUUCCUGUGUGCAUGCGGAUGAAUAUCGCUAUACAAGAUAUAUAUAUAUAUAUAUAUAUAUAUGCACGCACUGUAAGCUGUUGUGAGUCCUGGGGUUCCUGCCUCGAGUGUUUUUUCUCUCGUUUUCGAGGAGGAAAAGGUCCGUGGGCUUCGCCGCACUCCGCUUCGGUGUCUUGGUGCCUGCUGCCCUCUGUAUGACGCGUCCAGUCCGGCCUGCAGGGUCGAUCGGGCGCGCGCAUGUGGAAACCACCGCAGGGAUGAGGACACGAGGAACUCGGCAAGCAACAGAACUUCAAGGCAAAAACCAAAGUGAAAAGUAAACCUGUCGACAGAUAGCUGGCGACGAGGAAAGAGAGGUCCGGUCUCUGGACAGCGGCUGUGCUUCCAUCGACCACGAGGGGUUCAGGAAAGGGUCACAGGGAGAAACGAAACGUUUUUUUCUUCAGGAGGACGCCCAGGACUUCGCCUUCUCAGACCUACACGCGUUAGCAUGCUUUUAGUUCCGACUUCCUCCCUCACUGCUCUUCUUCCGUCGAAUUACGCCUUUUUCUGUGUAUGCUCUUCCGCGCCUGCAAAUCUCCUCUCCUCUUCCUCUUGCGCCUGCUUCCACGCUCUCAUUUCUCUCCGCUCGGCUUGGCCUCCUACGGACCGCCAGCAGAGCCGAAUGUUUGCCCCCGCGGUUCUCUCGGCGGCGCACACACCACCAUCCUCGACGUUCUCACAAAGGAUUUCUCGACUCAGGCUGCCAAGUCACGAACCAUCCAUACGAGGGCUACGUCCCCCUGUCCAUCGAAGCUGAUACUCGGCCGUACAUAUACAUACACUUAUAUUUGUAUAUAUAUAUAUAUAUAUACAUUACAUGUAUGCAUCUACACGUACAUGCAUAUGUGUGUAUGUAUGUGUCUAUGCGCGUCGGUUGGAGGCGAACUUUGUGGCGCAACGUUGAGUUCUCGAGCGAGAGAAGAUGCCGUCUGCGACGCGAGAUGGUUCCCUCUGGCCUCCGGAGUCCAGCGAGGUUGUCAAAGUGUCGAUUCAAGGUUUGAGGACUGAGAAGCCGGAGCCGUGGCCAGAGACGUUCAAGGAGUGCGAGAAGCAGGUGUCGGUGCUGAUGGAGGAUGUCUUUGAACGCACAGGGCCUUUGCGAAACAGGCAGGCGCUCUCUCUUAUGAUCGAGGAACUAGUGCUGGAGGGCCAGGGCGCGCAGCUGCUCUCGCUUUUCGUCACCCACGUGGACUGUCGAGUUGCCAAAAUUCUCUCGUGCAUCUACGGAGCCUUGUCGCCGGACCUCGCCUUUCUGCAUACCGUCGCUGACGGCUGGACGUCCUUCCGGCGAGCUCUGCACCUGGUCUUGCAGGUCUUUGCGUUUCUGGAGCAACACUUCGUCGCCUACUCGAACGAAGGCUCGCUGAUCGACGUCUCGGAGGCACUCUGGCUGAGUCGCCAGAAUGAACUUGGCAAAGACUUCGAAGCUUCUCUUGUCAACGCCCUCCUCAGGGCAAUCGAACUCCACCGAACUGGAGACGUCGCCUGGCAAGACGACAUUCGCACUGUCACCUCCAUGCUCUCCUCUCUCGGGGUUUACCACGACCUCUUCGAGCGCCGUUUUCUUGAGGCGUCUGCGGAGUUCUACGCCCGAGAGAGUGCCGAGCUGUCUGUCGCUCUGACGGUCGGCGAGUACAGCAGUUACGCGGAGCGCCGCUUGCGCGAGGAGGACGCCCGAGCGUCUGCGUUUCUCUCGGAAGCGUCUCGCGAGCCGCUGCUCGACCUGGUGCGACACCACCUCGUCGGGGAACAAGUCGACGUUCUGUCGGCAGUCCCCAGUUUGCGACAGCUGGCCGAGACGCGGCAGACAGCGCAGCUGGGUCGUCUGUACACCCUGAUGAGUCAAGUGGGUCAGCUGGAUCUGCUGCGUCUGCGUUUUGUCGACGCGGUCAGAGAGUCUGGCUGCGAGCUCCUGCGCCAGCUGCGCGAGUCGGCGAACUCGGCAGAGAAGAAGGACCGAGAACUCAAAGGACGCGAGUUCACGGCGCAGCUGUUCGCUCUCAAAGACUCGCACGACCUCGCCUGGAUGCAGGCCUUCAACCGAAAUCCGCAGUUCAGUCUCGGAAUCAAGGAAGCAUGGGAGAAAUUUCUUAACCAGGAUGUUGAAUCCUCACGAAAAAUCACGCGGUUCUUAGCGAAGCGAUGCGACUGUCUUUUGAGAGAGACAAAGUCUGCAGAAGAUCUCGAAAAAGAAAUGGCAAAGGUGAUGGUGAUUUUCCGGUACCUCGACGGGAAAGACUAUUUCGAGGAAUUCUACAGAACUGACUUGUGCAAGCGCCUUCUGACGCGGAAGUCCGCGAGCGACGACGCAGAAAAAGCGAUGGUCAAGCAGCUGAAAGACGAGUGCGGCCAACAGUACACACACAAAAUGGAGAGCAUGUUCAAUGACGUUCACUUGUCUCGACAGACCAUGGCUCUUUUCAAUGCUGACUCUGCUUCUCAAGAGGAAGUUGCGAAAACCGGAGUGAGUUUCGACGUAGCAACCUGCGCAGCGGGCGUAUGGCCUCCGAGCGCGCCGACAGAGAAGCUGAUUCUUCCCCCGAUAGCGGAAACGCUUCGCCAGGUCUUUUCGAAUUUCUACAAAGCCAAGCACCCUGGCCGCAAUCUCUCCUGGAUCUCCUCGCUCGGCGCCUGCGAAGUUCGCGCAAACUUCUCAGUCAACUGUUUCGGCUCGUCUUCUUCGACCUCUUCGUCUUCUUCGACCUCUUCUUCCUCUUCGACGUCUUCGUCCUCUUUGACCUCUUCGUCUUCUUCGGCUUCUCCGGCGCAUGCACAGGAGCAGUCUGAGGAAGAAGACUCUCCGGGGUCUGUGCAUGCGCGGGCAUGGCCAGACUACUUGUUCAAGGUGUCGGAGUCCCAGGCGUGGAUUCUCCUUCUGUUCAACGAACGCGACUCGAUGACGGUUCAGGAGAUCGCCGAGGCGACAGGCUUCGGAUCCGACGAACUCCAGAGACAACUCCUUGCACUGUAUGUGAACAAAGCGACGAGGAUUCUCUUGCGCUACAAAGACGAGCACGAAGAGCGCUACUCGGUGAACUGUGACUUCCAGUCCAAACUGCGCUGCAUGCACGUUGCGCAAAUUCAACUGACGACUCACCCGAAAGAGGAAAUUGCAAAGGUCGAGGCGCGCGUUUCGCAAGACCGCGACCACCAGAUCGACGCGUGCGUCGUCAGGAUCAUGAAGGCGAAGAGAGAACUGAGACACAGCCUUCUGGUUGCGGAGGUGUCUAGUCAACUGUCUUUCAAAUGUGACCCUGCGAUGCUGAAGAAGCGAAUUGAAGCUUUGAUUCAUCGCGAAUACCUGAAGCGGGAUGACAGUGAUCACAAUAUCUACCACUAUGUCGCGUAAAAGGGGAGUUUUCCACUCUCGCGAUACACCCGUUUGACUGUCUGGACGCUGAGGUGCACUGGGCAUACACCGAGGGACACCGAAGGCAUGCAAGGUCAUCGUGGAAUCACACACAGCAACUCCCCCAUCAACGAAUCGCACCUGUGCAUCUUAGAAACGCAGUCUUAGCAUGCAAAUGGAUCACCUACAUGCCUGUUCCAGAGAGAAAACAGACAUUGAAAUACAUAUAUAUAUGCAUAUAUAUGCAUUUAUACAUUUACGUAUAUUUUAUAUAUAUAUAUAUAUACUUGCGUAUUUGUCACAGGGUGCGGUCAUAGAAAUUGGGUGUGGAGGCGAGAGUUGUAUAGAAUGGAACAUAGGCGCAGGCGUCCCUGCGUGCAGACCGUGGAGUAUGCGAUGUUUUCGGUUCACCGUAGGGUGUUUUCUGUCAUCUCAAUGAAGGCUUUUAAGGGACAGAGUCCAGCUACAUUCCGAAGUUUCUUUUUGUUUUCGUUGCAAAGACACUCACACGAGUACGGCGAAUGUCAAAAAAGUGUGAUGAGCACUACGUGUAGGGGAAGGAAAGGAGCUCAUGAAUGCAUUCGAAUGGCGCAUUCCUAGGUUUAUGCAAACAUGCUUUUUCUGGGGAGUACACAAAAAUAGAAGCAAAGGGAGAGAAGGAGCUGGUGCAUGCAGUGUGAAUGCCAGGGGGAAAGAGAGGAUCGUUUAUAUGUCUUGUAGAUCAUGAGGGGGGAACGAGAUGGAUGCGUGCGCUGUAGACGCUAAAGAGAACUGUUUUGGUCAUGAAGGACAGAGGAUCCACGGGCAUGCAGCGAAUGAAAAGUAGGAUGGCACGAGGAUCGACAGGCGAAGGUGAGAGGCUAAGGUUCAGCGAAUUUCGAAGACACCACGAUUUCAGAUAGACUGCUACGUUGAUAUCAACCCCCAUACGGAUGAACUGAGUUAAACAAUACGGGGCUGAGCUGUAAAACGGAGCUCGUGGAGGAUUCGAAGGAGGAGCAAGGUUCAUGGUGCAUCUCUCGUAUUCUUUACCACAUGUCAACACCGAGUUUCUACGGUCUCCACGUUGUUAGUUCCGACUUCUUUCAGCACACUCAGAAGUCUGGAAAAACGAGGUGUGACUGGGGCACAGAGAAGGAAGGUGAAAGGAGGAGGAACUGCGCCGCAGGGAGGACGAGUCAGGUGUCACUGAGAAGUGAAUUUUUGCCAGAGUUCUCGUAUAAAGAGCUGAGCUCGUGAAUGGUGGACGUGUGCGCUGGUGAGGUGUUUGUGUGACUUCCGACUUUCUAGAGAAAAGCAUGUCAAACCACACAGCCCGGGUCCGCAGACUGCCAACAUGGUUUCUGACUUGAGGGAUCCGAAAGAAUUCCUCUGCUUCUCGAGGUUACUCCCCUUAGACGAGUGAAGAGUGAGACACAAAAGGCGACGAUAUACGGUCACCCGGC